AUGUUUGCUCCCAAGACAUCUGCGCCUGCUACAGGCGGACUUUCCCCUCACCACGAACUCAUUGUUACUCAUUCGCUAUCCCUUGCUCUGAUUCGUUCCAUCGCUACUUUUCCCAGUAUUUUCGGCGGCAACACAAACACAUCUGCAGCUACAUCCGGCGCACCAAGUACUACCAAUCUCUUCGGAAACGCUGCGACUUCGACAACACCAAAACCAGCAGGGGGGUUGUUCAGCACUCCAGCUACAGGAACCACAACACAGGCGACCGGAUCCAACAUGUUCGGAGGUCAACAACAGAGUAGCACGACUGGUGGCAGCCUUUUCGGCGGCGCAAAUACUACUACUACUACUACCACACAACCUUCGGGGACAACUAGUCUGUUCGGUGGGCCGACUGCUGGCGCUGGCACCGGCACAACUCAAGCAACAACAGGCGGUGGUCUUUUUGGCGGCGCGUCUACAGCACAAACUCAAGCAAAGCCGGCAUUUGCUGCUCUUGGUGGUGGUACUUUCGGCAGCGGGCUUGGCACAGCAUCAACAGCAACCCCAGCGCCUCUAUUUGGCGGUAAGAACGCAACCCAAACACAGCAAACUCAAGGGCCUACCCUCUCUCUUUUCGGCCAGCCAGCUGCCCCUAAGACUACGCAACCAUUACAGCAGAGCACUGCUACUAGCACUGUGAUUCCGGGCGUCAAGGUUGACGUCAGCAAUUUGCUACCCACCACAAAAUUCGAGAGCUGCGCCGAUGAGAUUCGUAACCAAAUAGAGGCUAUUGACAAACAUAUCCUCAACCAAAUGAAGAUGUGCCAUGAAGUUGGGGAUCUCCUACCAACCAUCGUGCAGCAGGGUGCCACAAUUCCCAACGAUGUUGAAUUUGUGCAAGGAAAACUGGAGACCAUCCAACACGCGCUCGAGAACGAUGCCAGUGAUAUCGAUGGGCUGCGCAGCCUUGUCGCACGGGAUGCGGCCGAGGCCCAAGUUGCCUUCCGUGCCAUUGAUACACUGAAGCUCCCUCUACAGUAUCAAACAACUGGUGGUGGAUGGUGGUCUGUGCAGGAUCAACAGAUUCCGGAGCGAUCCAUGCGCUCAAGCCGCAAAAAUACGCUGGCCCUCCCUGACGGCGUUGAAGGCGAUGCCUCCGAGACUGACAUCAACGGUGUUCCGGUCAACUUGGUCGAUUAUUUCUCUCAUCGCUCAAAGGAGAUGAAAGGAGUUCUUGGGAGAUAUACAGGAAAUCUUAAGGAGAUCGAGGACCAUCUUCAUGGUGUUGAGGCUACUCUCAAUCGCCAGAUCAGCGACUUCGUGAGCUCCAAAUCUCGUGAUGCCGCCGCAGGAACUCCCAGAUCUACUACCGCCGAUCUUGCUGCGGUGCUCACUGAUGUCGAGGCUGGCAUCAUGGGCGUCGCCACCCGUCUCAGUAAUGUGUCGGAACAAGUGCAGGAUCUGUCAAUUGGGCAGCAGUCCCUGGGCGAUGGGCGACUCCAUCUGGGAUAG